UGUACAAGUAGCUAACUUCGUCUCCGACUGACUGUUUCCGUUAGGGAGCAAUUCAUCAUCAAUAACUGGGCUUUGACUAUUAAAAGGUCCAAGUCUUCACUGGAUUCUGAUGAUAGAGAGAUGAUCGAGACUUUUCAAACAUGGGAAUCCGUAGCGGAAUGGUUCUUGAGAGAUGCACCCCCGCCUCUCACACUGACUCGGCCAGCCCUAGGCCACCUGCAUGUUUUUGUUGAGUUUUUCCAAGGAAAUAUUGUCCCAAACAUUGAUAUAUCAUACCUCUGUGGUUCGUUGGUGUGUUUGCUUCAAGUCAGUUUUCCAUAUGCAAUGCCAAAAUUACUUGUAGUGAUCAUACUAAUACCUCAUACAGCUUAUAUCCAAGAAUCUAAAGGCCUUAGAUCAGGUCCCUCGGAUGAUCAAGUCUUUAGCUCUUAAGGCCGAAGCGUUCAAUAGCUACUGUACAAGAAGCCAUGUAGUUAACAACGUAAUAAAGGAGGUCUGCUUCGAUAUACAGCUCCAGUUCAUAGAUUUUAUCACGGCCUCCAUAAAGCAUAUAUAUAGGAGUAACUA